UUCCUUUCUCUCCUUCCUCUGCGCAUGUAGACCACGGUCUCUGAACCUCUGUAGUCUCCUUCAACUAUAUACACUCAUCCGAUCAUCGAAACCUAGCAGAUUCUUUCUUUUUUGUUUUAAUUUCUUUCACAAAUAAAACCACUGGUCGAUUUUCUCUAUCUAUCGGGGUCCCAGAAACGCCAUGGAUGACCUUGAGAGGGCUAUACUAAUCAGUUUUGAUGAAUCUGGCACCAUUGAUCCCGUUCUGAAAUCUCAAGCCGUCGUUUACUGCCAUCAGAUGAAGGAAACCCCAACUAUAUAUCGUCUCUGUAUAGAACGCCUUACUUGCACUAAAUUCGUUGAAGUACAGUUCUGGUGCUUGCAGACUCUCCACGAAGUUCUCCGCCUCCGGUACUCAACCAUGAGCCCUGAUGACAAGUCCUAUAUGAGGAAGUCUAUGUUCUCAAUUGCUUGUUUGGAUGGUCCAGAUGACGAGAACUCCAUUAGGGUUUUGGAGGGCCCAGCAUUCAUUAAAAACAAGUUGGCGCAAGUGUUGGUCACUCUCAUAUAUUUCGAGUAUCCUUUGAUUUGGUCAUCUGUAUUUGUUGAUUUCCUUUCAAACCUGGGUAAGGGCGCUCCAGUGAUUGAAAUGUUCUGCCGGGUCUUGAACACAUUGGAUGAUGAGCUGAUUAGCUUAGACUAUCCCCGUAAUGCAGAGGAAAUUGCUGUUGCUGGACGGGUUAAGGAUGCAAUGAGGCAACAGUGUGUGGCUCAGAUUGUGCGAGCUUGGUAUGACAUUGUCUCCCUCUAUAGGUCAUCCAACCCAGAAUUGUGCUCUAGUGUCUUAGAAUCCAUGAGGAGAUGCACAUCUUGGAUUGAUAUUGGAUUAAUUGCAAAUGAUGCGUUUGUCCCCAUGUUGUUUGAGCUUAUCUUGAUCGAGGGCCUACUGGAGCAGCUCCGUGGUGCUGCUGCCAGUUGUGUCUUAGCAAUGGUUUCUAAGCGGAUGGAUCCACAAUCCAAGCUAUCACUGUUGCGUAGUCUUCAGAUAAGCCGGGUUUUCCCUUUGGUGGCUGGGGCUGAGGAUUCUGAGUUGGUUUCAAAAUUGGCAGCUUUGCUCACUGGCUAUGCAGCAGAGGUUCUGGAUUGCUCAAAGCAUCUGGAUUCAGAAGAUAGAGAAAAGGUUUCGAUGGAACUUUUAGAUGAAGUAUUGCCUUCAGUAUUCUAUGUCAUGCAAAACUGUGAAGUGGAUACAACGUUCAAUGUUGUUCAGUUUUUGUUGAGCUAUGUUGCUACAAUGAAGAACUUGUCACCAUUGAGAGACAAACAAGUUCUUCAUGUGGGCCAAAUAUUGGAGGUGAUUCGUGCACAGAUUUGCUAUGAUCCUUCUUAUAGAGAUAAUCUUGAUAUGCCAGAUAAGAUUGGAAUGGAAGAGGAAGAUCGGAUGGUAGAGUAUCGGAAGGAAUUAUUUUUGUUGCUCCGAAAUGUGGGUCGUGUUGCACCUGAUGUUUCACUUAUAUUUAUCCGGAAUUCAUUAGCUAGUGGCCUUGUGUCUUCCUCAGAGAGGAAUGUUGAAGAGGUAGAAGCUGCACUUUCUCUUUUCUAUGCUCUUGGAGAGUCAAUAAGUGACGAGGCAAUGAGAACUGGAAGUGGGCUCUUGAGGGAAUUGGUGCCAAUGCUCUUAUCAACAAGGUUUCCUUGUCAUUCUAAUAGGCUGGUGGCUCUUGUGUACUUGGAGACAAUAACAAGAUACAUGAAGUUUAUUCAGGAGAAUACUCAGUACAUACCAAUGGUAUUGGCUGCUUUUUUGGAUGAGAGGGGCAUACACCAUCUAAACCUCCACGUGAGUCGAAGGGCUAGUUAUCUCUUCAUGAGAGUUGUGAAAAUGCUGAAAGCAAAGCUCGUUCCUUUCAUAGAGAUGAUUUUACAAAGUCUACAAGAUACAGUUGCUAGGUUUACACAAUUAGGUUGGACAUCAAAAGACUUGAAGUUUUCAGUAUCUGAAGAUGGGAGCCACAUAUUUGAGGCAAUUGGAUUGUUAAUAGGGAUGGAAGAUGUACCACCUGAAAAGCAAUCUGAGUACCUUUCUUCACUGCUCACUCCUCUUUGUCAACAGGUUAAGGUUGAGGUGCAGCUUUUGGAUGCAAAGGUACAGAGCUCAGAAGAAUUUUCUGCUAAUACUGCUAAUAUCCAGCAAAUAAUUAUGGCAAUUAAUGCGCUGAGCAAGGGCUUCAGUGAGCGUCUUGUCACAGCUAGUCGGCCCUCAAUCGGCAUGAUGUUCAAGCAGACAUUGGACAUUCUCCUUCAAAUCCUUUUGGUGUUUCCAAAGGUUGAGCCUCUGCGGAAUAAGGUCACAUCCUUUAUUCACCGAAUGGUGGACACGUUGGGAGCAUCAGUGUUUCCUUACCUCCCCAAGGCACUGGAUCAAUUGCUUGCUGAAAGUGAGCCGAAAGAGAUGGUGGGAUUUCUUGUCCUAAUCAAUCAGCUGAUAUGCAAAUUCAAUACCCUGGUGGGUAACAUAUUGGAGGAAAUAUUUCCCGCUAUUGCAAGUAGAGUCUUCAAUAUUCUUCCCAGGGAUGCAUUUCCUUCUGGACCUGAAGGUAACACUGAGGAAAUUCGUGAAUUGCAAGAGCUUCAGAGAACACUGUAUACAUUUCUUCAUGUGCUGACUACACAUGACCUUUCUUCAGUUUUCCUUGCCCCAAAAAGCCGGGGCUACUUGGAUCCAAUAAUGCAGAUGCUUUUGCAGAGUUCUUGCAGCCACAAGGAUAUUCUUGUGAGGAAGGCAUGUGUACAGAUUUUUAUUAGAUUAAUUAAAGAUUGGUGCGCCAGGCCUCAUGGUGAAGAAAAGGUGCCUGGUUUCCAAAGUUUUAUAAUUCAGUCUUUCGCAACAAACUGUUGUUUGUACAGUGUGCUUGACAAGUCUUUUGAGUUCCGUGAUGUAAAUACUCUUGUUCUGUUUGGAGAAAUUGUGGUGGCUCAGAAGGUCAUGUAUGAAAAAUUUGGGGAUGAAUUUCUCAUUCAUUUUGUGUCAAAAGGUUUCCCAAAUGUGCACUGCCCACAAGAUUUGGCUGAACAAUACUGUCAAAAGUUGCAGGGUAGUGAUAUCAAGGAUCUGAAAUCAUUCUAUCAAUCGCUUAUUGAGAAUUUGAGACAGCAACAGAAUGGAAGCCUAGUUUUCAGAUAGCAUCGUCCUGGUGUUUUGAUGAAUCUUUCUUAUUGUCGAAUAUUCGGCUUUUCUGUAUUUCUUUAGAGUGGGCACUCCAUAUUUGUCUCGCAGGGUGCUUUCUUUCUUGUACAUAAUAUUCAUGUGGUUAUGGACAAUGAGGUGUAAAUUUCCGGGAGCAGUUUCUUUUGAAUACAAAAUGGAGGAAUGCAGGCAUCCACCUAUUUGAGGAGUGGAGUGUAAUAUUUAAGGCUUUAUUUUAGGAGUUGUUUAUAUUCAUUUUGGCACAUUAAAACUUUUUGUUGGCCUCGUAACAUCAAGUGGAGGCUCUUAUACCGGAUGCUGCAAAAUUUCCGGUGCAAGAGAAGUACUUAUGGUGCUGUGAUUUGAGGCUAAGAAAUUGAU